GUAAGAAUCACGAAUGCUUUCAUGUGAAGAGGAGGUCAGCCGGUCCACCCUUUCAUUUUGACUAUUUUGCCAAGUUAUUAAUACAAAUGAUUAUCUAUCCCUUGCAAGGGAUCUAGUCCAGGGAUCUAGUCCAGAGAUCUAGUCCAGGAGUUCUGAAGACUAGGUAAAUUAAUCAAGUCCAGGAGACUAGGCCUGGGAGAAAUUUGGCAUGAUAUAAUGAGUAAUAAAGAAACAAGCUGAAUACCAGGAAUUUUCUUCAAUACCCCUAAAAUGGAAAUCAGCACUUCAACUGCCUCCCAGUAGGAAGACAUCACCUGGCCUCAUCAAUAGUAAGACCCAUACACACAAGGAAUAUCGUGUAAUAGCAGGUAGGACAGGCCUACCCUAUUUCCCUGGCAGCAUAAACGUCAGUCUUCAUACCCACCGUGUCAACAAUGACACAGUACCAUUCUCCGACCCGUGUCUCCUGGCAAGAAGACUGACAACAGUGCAUAUGUACAAUAGUAUUAUUAUCUUUGUAUAUGUAUACUAAUGUUAUUCUUAUUCUCGUAUCUUAAUGUCAUGGUGAGGGAAGCCUCCUGCGACAUUUGGUGGCAGCUGUGGUGUGAUCUGUAGUCCAAUGCUAUGGAUCCAGACCCACUGUGCCUAUAUAUUAUGUAGGUCACUUAUAAUGUUUUGUCGUAUUGUAUGCAUUUCUUUAUACAAUAUUGUUGAUUUUUGUCUGAUUAAGGUCAUGACGUGUUUACAUGCCUAUUCAUUAUUUCUUUAGUGACGGAUUGUAUGGUAUUGUCUCUUAAUGUAGUUUACAUUUUAUUUGAUUAUAUAUGUAAGUCUUUGAAAUAUUGUAACAAUGGCGACUGGUACUGAUGAAUUAUAUAUUGAUCUAAUUCAAUUAGAACAAGAAAUACAACAGACAUUACAGACAUUUAAGAGCUUCACUCAAUCUUCCCAGGACGUUGGGUCUCAAGUGGGAGAUUUAUCAAGUCAAAUCAAGGACUUGGACCAGAAGUUGGUUGACACACAGGGGACAAUACAACACUUAACACCCGAACAUAAUAACACUCAACCAUCCAUAAUGUCUACACCACAUACGUCUCACAUUCCAAGUAAUCCAUUCUCAUGUGACAACCUCAGAACCAUAACAGGAACCCCACAAUACAUACCCCCAAUACCACCUCGUACAAAUACUAAGUACCCACCAGAAACCACAACUACUAUCACAAGUACAGUGCCCUCAAUAUCCAUAAAUGUAUCAACACCACCUAACCCUGCAGUGGUAGUACAACCUCCUACACAACCAUCCACACCUAUACCUAAUCCAUCAUCAGGUAACUCUUGUCAAAACCUUCAUACCAGUCAGUCAAACCCAUUCAUUUUGCAGCAAGGUCAACAGACUGUAACACCCAAUCCUUUCCUUGGAUCACAGCCUACUUAUUCCUUUACUAAUACCAAUCCAUUCUUUUAUUCAGUAAACACUCCAGUAGCAAUUCCUCAGAAUGUACCAGUGUUAAAGCCGAAAGAUGUAGCCCUUCUCAAACUUUCUGAACUCAAGGGAGUUCUUGCUGACAACAGACUUAAUACUUUUUUUAGACAAGUAGAGUCAUGCACUAGCUCAGACGACAGAAGAAUAGAAGUGGCAAUGGCCCGGGCUGAACCGGAUAUAGCUACUUUCUUAACAGCAGCGUUAGUAAAACAGGGUAAUAAUCUACCUUGGGAUGAGAUUAAGAAACUUAUGAAGAAGCAGUUUAUUGGCUCAGCCACUCUGUUACAGGCAUGGCAAGAGAUUACUGCCAUGACUUACUAUUUUGAUGAACCUCCUAGUUCCUUUAUUAAUAAAUUACAGUGUAAAAUCUCAGCUUUAACUUUGAAAUUCCCCAAUGAUCCAAUUCCAAUAUCAGAUAAAUUCCUUAAGACAAAGGUUUAUAAGGGAUUGAAUUCACAGGCCCAAGCCAAACUAGUUGAUUUCUUAGCAGACCAUAUUCCGUUGGAAAAUUUCAUGACAUGGGCCAAAGAAGAAUAUUAUAGGGCUCAAGGAAUGAAUGGUAGUAAUGGGAAUAGAGUCUUGCCAAUUUCAGGCACUGGGAACCCUCAGUCAUCAACCCCAGUAACAGGUGUUCAACAGGGGAAAAUACAAAGAAGCGAGCUAGAUAAUUUGAGAAAGAAGCUUGAAGAGUUAAGUAAAAAAACUGGAGAAAGUAAACAUGAAGAAACAAAAGAGUAAUAGUAAAAAAAUACUGUGACCUUUGCAGAGUGACUGACCAUAAUCUGUCUGAUUGUCCUCUUGAUCAUCCAAAGGGAGUUUGUUUUGAUUGUCUCCAACAAAAUAGUAGGAGAGGUCAUGUAGGAUGUCCAGGAAAAGUAGGUAUAAAAUGACUAGGGAGUCCGGCACGAGCGCCUACUAUCAGUCUGGUGGUUAAUGAUAACAUGAUUGAAGCCUUAGUUGAUACAGGUAGCUGUGCCAGCAUAGUUAAGAAAUCCUUUGUGGAAAGUUUCGGUUUGAAGCCUGCCAAGAUGAGAAAUUUACCAAGGUUAACGGGAGUCACCCAGGCAGUUGUACCAGUACUAGGAUCUGUUUAUUUAGAAGUUCAUAGUGGCACUAGAGUUGUUACUCACUUGUUUUUUAUUGUGCCAGACAACUUGUUAGAUACAGAAAUUCUAUUGGGCACAGAUUUGCUUGGGGUUGCUCGUCUAACAUGGGAUCGUAUAAAGGGUAUAGUAAUUUGGAAUAAUAUUACAUAUCAUGUGCGGCUUCUUAAACUGAGACCUUCCACAAGGAGAAUUAGGAAUCUCAAAACUAUUCAGCCAUUAAGCCGUGGAGUAGAUGAGAUAAGAUUAAAGAAAAAAAUUAUUCUACCUCCCUCUUAUGCAGGUAUUUAUGCAGUGUCUGUAAAUGAAAUAAAAGAUACAAUACUCUAAUAUACCUCAGACUUAAAAGCCUAUGGUGCUACGAAGGCUUUGUGCCUUAAAGUCACUGAUAAUCAGGAAGUACAUAUACCUCUCAUAAAUAGUACAAAGGGUGUAGUUAAGUUGAAAAUAGGAACACUGAUAGGUACUUACAAUAAGAUUGAUGAAAGGGACAUCAUUUCAGUAGCUCCCACAUGUCGAAAGAUUGAAAUUAGGAAUGAGCUGAUACCUGAAAGCAUGCAUGUUGUACCAGAACAAGGAUGCACUAGAGAGAAAAAGCUGGAAAAUUUGAUUGCACAGCAAGAUUGGUCACAUUUAGAUGAUGAACAGCAGGCCCAGUUAAAGAAUCUAGUCAUGAAAAAUCACCAAGUUUUCAUAGUGGAGAGUGAUGAAAUAGGAAAAUUCAAGGGAGUUCAGGGACAUAUUAAUGUUAGUGAUUCCGAACCAGUUAGGUCACCCAUGUAUAGAUACCCUGAGAAAGCCAAGCAGCUUAUUGCAAAUAUGUUGGAGGAUAUGGAAGCUAAAGAUAUAAUUGAGCCAUCCACAGCUGCAUGGUUAAGUCCUAUAGUCUUGGUAAGGAAACCAGAUAAUUCUCAAAGAAUGUGCUUGGACUAUCAAAAAGUCAAUACCCACCUUCAAACUGACAUCCAUCCUUUGCCUAGGUUAGAAGAGUUAGUUGAGUCAGCAUCAGGAAAUCAAUUUUAUGCUUCAUUGGACAUGAAGGACGCUUAUUAUCAAGUAGAAUUAGAUGAAGAUAGUAGAGAUCUGACCACUUUUAGUGAUGGAGUCUCCUCAUAUAGGUUUAAGAGGUUACCGUUUGGUUUGAGUUGCAGCCCAGCUAUAUUUUUGAGGGUAAUAGGUAAUAUCUUGGCUCCGUUGCUAAAAAAGGGAUACCUAAAGAAUUAUUUAGAUGAUAUUGUAGUAUGGGCACCCAGCUUGGAAGAAUUAAUUCAGAGAUUAGAAGAGCUGUUCAAAUUAUUUAGUGAAAAGGGUAUGAAGUUAAACAUCAAGAAGUGUCAGUUUGCGCAAAAAGAGAUAAAAUUUCUUGGCCAUAUAAUAUCCAAAGAAGGAUGCAAGCCUUGUCCUGACAACAUAAGUGCCAUCAGAGAUAUGAAAGCUCCUACUGAUGUCAAAGAACUAGAAGAUUUUUAGGAAUGUGCGGAUUUUAUCGCAAGCACAUACAAAAUUUUGCUAAAAUUGCUGUCCCCUUAAUCAAUCUUUUAAGAAUGAAACAGCCAUUUGCAUGGACACCAGAAUGUCAGUCUAGUUUUGAGCAGUUGAAACAGCUCCUUAUGACAGCUCCUUUGCUCAUAAAAGCAGACAUGACAAGACCUUUUCAGUUAUUCACAGAUGCUAGUCUGAAUCAUGUAGGUGCAGUGCUGAUGCAGGAGAGUGAUGGCCUUUUGAAACCUGUUGGAUACUUUUCAAAGAAAUUGAAACCUGUAGAACAGAGAUAUUCUACUACUGAUAGGGAAGCCUUGGCUAUUGUGUUAGCAUGUAGGCGGUUUCAUCAUUUUCUUUGGGGUGUUCAUUUACAAUCCACACAGACCAUCAGCCUCUUGUGUCAGUAUUCAAAAGAAAGACAAAGUCACCUAGGAUGAAUAGAUGGAUUAUUGAAAUGCAGGAUUAUCGCUUCAAAGUUGUGUAUAGGCCAGGAAAGCACAAUGAGGUAGCUGAUCAGUUAAGUAGGCCUGUUAGGGCAAUCUUUCACAAUAAUCAAGACAAUUAUCUUGGGUUGAGUAAGGAAGAAUACAAGGCUAAGCAGGUAGGUGAAACAAGAUGGGGUGAGUUGAUUGCAUACUUAAAAGGAGGAAAAUUGCCUAGGAAGAAGUUUCCCAGAGCGUUCAUCCAUCAGUUUAUGCUGUAUGAAGGCUUGUUAUAUCUGAGUGCUGACAAGCAUGACAAUAGUAUUCAGUUAAGACUUGUGGUACCGCAGGAGCUUAGGAAAGCUGCUUUGAAGUUUGGUCAUGAGUCUGUUGUUAGUCAUUUAGGGAGAAGGAAAACUAUUGAUGCCCUGGAGACUUAUUUCUAUUGGCCUUCACUUAGAUCUGAUGUGGUUAAGUUUGUUAAAGAAUGCAUUACAUGUCAGGUUCAUAAAGACAGUCCAUCCUUACAGCAGAAAUUCCAAGAACUCCCACCAGUACAUAAACCCUUGGAGCGUAUCAGUAUUGAUUUGACAGAUAUGAUGUCUAGUGCAAAUGGGUACCGUUACGUUCUUACAGUGAUUGAUCAUUAUUCACGCUUUGUGAAGUUUUACCCAUUGAGGAAUAAGACUACAGAAGUGGUCAGUAAGAAUUUUCAGAAAUAUUUAAAUGAUUUUGGAAUUCCAGGGUGUGUAAUUCUUGACAAUGUUGCUGAAUUCACAUCACAACAGUUUAGAGAUCUUUGCCAAAAGCACAACAUUAACACUGGUUUCAUCACACCAUACCAUCCUGAAGGUAAAAGCAUAUCAUAAAGAAUGCAUAGGACUAUGAAGACCCUAUUGAAUGUCAUGUGUCAGGGUCAUCCUUAUCAGUGGCCAACCUAUUUAGGCGAAACCCAACGAGUCCUUAAUUGUGCUGUACAUGCAACAACAGGUGAACAGCCACAUUAUGUCUUCUUUAGCAGGAGACCUGCUAGACAAAUAAUAACUACAUUGCCAUCAAUUGAUGAUGAAGUGAGUGAUUCUGAUAUCGCCAAAGUUCAUGAGAUAAUCCAAAAGACCCACUUAGAGAGGUCAAAAACAUUUUUAAGUAUAGCUAACCGAAAGCGAGUGAAUAUGAGUGUUGAAAAGAAUUCACUAGUCUGGGUCAGAAAUGAGACUCAAAUACCUGGUACUAGUCGAAAGUUAAAUGUUAAGUGGCUUGAACCCUAUAGAGUGGUAGAAGUUGUGCGAGAUGGAUCCACUUAUGUGUUGAAAAAUUUGUUUGAUGAUACAAUCGUAGAACGAGCUGCUCAUAAACUAAAGCCAUUCCACGGUGAUGAAGAAUGGUUAGUUACCAUGAAAGAGCACUCUGAAAAUGUGCCUGAUAUAGUAACUGAAGGAGUUUGUACAAGAGGUGCUAGGAAUAUUGUGCCUCCCUCACGUCUCAUUGAAGAGAUAUAGACUCUGUGUGAUGAUGUACUGUAAUUUUGUACAUUUUGUGUAUUCUCUUUUCAUUUGUUUGAAAUUGAUGAAAAUAUAAUUUUUUCUAUUCGCAGGGGCCAGUAAUGUGAAAACUUUAGUGUUGAAGUAAUGAACAAAGGUAUAAUGUAGAACAUUUUGUACAAGAAUUCACAUAGUGCCCUGGUUGGGAAUGCGAUUGUGGUCUUAUGGGUCUUGUCUUAUAGGAAAUUGUCAGUUUUGCUCUUGUAGUACUGGAUUGGUACAUCUUAGAGGAUAGAGUACACCACUUUCCAAACCCCUUUGAGAUUCAAGUUUAGAGUCGUUUCUAGCCAAGAGCUUUGGUGAGUUUGAUAAUCAUUAGGACGCCUCAAUAGGAGUAAAUUCUGUCUCCACAUGUGGAGAACUCUUUUGUUGCAGAGUGAUGUGACAUCCUGUGUAAGUGGAGUCAAUCCAACCUCAGUAUUAGGCUAGACAAAGCUAUUAGGAAAGCUGUAUUUAACGCACACCUAUAGGGUAGUGUCCCCAUUUAGUACUCAAGUAUAUCCUUGUUUUAUGUUGUUGCAAGAGCCUCUUUAGUCUCUAGUGUGAGAUCGUUACUUGUUUCUACUGUACAAGACCUGUUUUCCACAAUCGCAGACCCAUCUAAGGAACUGUUUGGUUCCGUUAGGAAAAGUUGUCCUUGAUAUUAGAGUGGACAUGAAUCAAUUCUUCCCCGAGGGAAAAGCAUUGUAAUGGGAAAAAUAUUACUUUAAUUAUUAGUGAUUUAUUUAGGAAUUGAUUCAUCAUCCUCCUCUAAUAUCUUUACACUGCAAUUGUAAGUGAUUGGAACUGUGAAAUGUUUUCGUUUCUGUUGUGGACAAGUGCGUGGCAGUGUAGCCAGUCCCUUGUUUUGUUUUUCUCUCACUCUGAGUAUGGGAGCACUGCCCUGAAUCUUUCGUCUGCAAUUUGGUAACACUAGCAACACAUGUAAGAAUCACGAAUGCUUUCAUGUGAGGAGGACGUCAGACGGUCCACCCUUUCAUUUUGGCUAUUUUGCCAAGUUAUUAAUACAAAUGAUUAUCUAUCCCUUGCAAGGUAAGCUUUUAAAGUCGUGAUAUUACCGUUAGUUCAUUAUAUUUGGAACAGAUCAUUAUCAUGAAAGAACAGUAGCAGACGAGAAUUCAAGUGCAGAGUUGCCUGCCCAGUCAAACAAGUUGCAAUGCCUUAAAGAGGAAAAUUUUCAUUGUCGUGAAAGACACUUCACAUUCAUUAGUUGGCAUGAAAUUUUGCUGUGUUAGUUUGAGUUGUAACUUAGCGUUCGAUGGGGUCGUAAAACGUUAAAAAAGUAGUUAUAAGAGUUUUGUUUGUAUACAGUUUUUGCAAAUACCAGUGCCAAAGGGUACCACAACAUGGCCCUCCUCUCUCAUGGAAAUUUCCACUGCCGAUCAUGAUCUUAGACUAGGCUAUACAGUAAUUUAAGAAGGCCUACCCUAGACUAAUCCUGUUUGAAUGAGGAAUUAUGACUAUUUUUGAUAAAUAUAGUUAGGCUAUAUGUAUAUAAAUUCAUGGAAAACUAAUUACAUAGGACUUAGCCUGUUCCCUCAUUAAACUAACCUAACUUUGUGGCCUAUUGUAACCUAGUCAAAAAUCAGCCAUGUAAACUUUGCAUAGGCUAUCCUUAACGAUUUUUGAAGAAGCCUAGGCUAGACUAUCCUGUUAAAAGGCACCUUAGCCUAAUUUUACCUCAUUUUAGUAAGUUUCUCAGAAAUCUUUCAGGUAGCCUUACCCAUUGACAUAUAUUGUGUGCAAAUAUUUAGUAGUGUGUGGAGUAGGGUAUCAAGUGAUUUACACCUUAUUGUAAAUUAAUUGAUUCCAGGGUUGCUCCACGUUUGAUACUUAUCCUAUUAUGAAGGAAAAGCAAUUCCCAUAAUCUGUAGUUGAUAUAUUUUUUUUGAAGUCUCAAUAUAAACAGUUAUUUUUGUUUUGUUUUAACCCUUUACUGCCGACUGGACGUAUUUUACGUCAACAUUUUUUGUCUCUCGGGUGCCGACUGGACGUAUUUUACGUCGACAUAAAAAAGUUUUUAAAAAAAUUUGCGGAAAAAUACUUUUAGGCCUACCAGCCGAAAACUCUUGAAUCACGCGCCUUGGGGGAUGCUGGGAGUUCAUGGAUCAAGGUGUUGUUUUGUUUACAAUCGUUACACAGGCGCGCAAGCGCGAAUUUCUUUCUUGCCGCACUAAAAAGUAUUAGUGACACAUCUCUGAAAUUAUUUCGUCACUGACAUAAUUUUUGUACCAUUGUAAAUUAGCCGUUACAUGAAGUAUUAUAUAUGAAAAUGUGUGCAUUUUUAUGUAGAAUACAACAAUAAAAUAUUCAUGAUUGUAGCUUUUAUCAGUUUUGAGAUAUUUUCAUAUAAAUAACGAUAAUUGCCAAAAUUUCAACCUUCGGUCAACUUUGACUCUACUGAAAUGGUCGAAAAACGCAAUUGUAAGCUAAAACUCUUAUAUUUUAGUAAUAUUCAAUCAUUUACCUUAAUUUUGCAACUAAUUGGAAGUCUCUAGCACAAUAUUUCGAUAUAUGGUGAAUUUAUGAAAAAACAUUUUCCUUACGUCCGCGCGGUAACUCUUCCGAAAAAAAUCAUACAUGCGAUUGUGGUAAUGUUUGCACCAUUUUAAAAUUAGCCGUUAUAUAAAGUUUUAUAUAUGGAAAUGUGCGCAAUUUCAUUAAAAACAACCCAUGGUUGUAGCUUUUAUCAGUUUUGAGAUAUUUUCAUAAAUAACGAUAAUUGACAAAAUUUCAACCUUUGGUCAACUUUGACUACCGAAAUGGUCGAAAAACGCAAUUGUAAGCUAAAACUCUUAUAUUCUAGUAAUAUUCAAGCAUUUACCUUCAUUUGGCAACAAAUUGGAAGUCUAGCACAAUAUUUCGAUUUAUGGUGAAUUUAUGAAAAAAAUAAAAUUUUCUUUACGUCCGCGCAGUAACUCUUCCGAAAAAAUCAUACGUGCGAUUGUGGUAAUGUUUGCACCAUUUUAAAUUAGCCGUUACAUAAAGUUUUAUAUAUGAAAAUGUGCGCAAUUUCAUGUAGAAUACAACUAAAAAUAAUUGAAGGUUGUAGCUUUUCUCAUUUUUAAAAUAUUUGCAUAAAAUCACGAUAAAUAGAAAAAAAAACCACGUUCGGUCAACUUUGACUCUACCGAAAUGGUCGAAAAACGCAAUUGUAAGCUAAAAAUCUUACAGUCUAGUAAUAUUCAGCCAUUUAUCUUCAUCUUGAAACCAAUUUAAAGUCUCUAGCACAAUAUUUAGAUUUAUGGUGAAUUUAAAAAAAAUCUUUCCUUCCCUCCGCGCGCGGAUUCUCCGCCACAAAUCUCCGAAAUGCGUACGUCCCAUUCCCGGAAUAUUUGCUCCGUUUCAUAUUAGGCAUUUCAUAGAGUUUUAUAUAUGAAAAUGUGCGCAAUUUCAUGUAGAAUAAAACGAAAAAUAUUUGAAGGUUAUAGCUUUUCUUAUUUCCGAAAUAAUUGCAUAUAUAAAUAUAAAAAAAAAAAAUUUGACAUUCGGUCAACUUUAACUCGUCAGAUAUGGUCGAAAACUGCAAUUGUAAGCUAAUACUCUUACAAUAUAGUAAUAUUCAAUCAUUUGUCUUCAUUUUGAAAGAAAUUGGAAGUCUCUAGGACAAUAUUUAGAUUUAUGGUGAAUUUUUGAAAGAAAUAUUUGUUUACGUCCGUGCGUUACGAAUUCAUGCAUUAUUUUGUGAUAAUAUUUUCUGUGUUGCUUUUAUCGUUUUACAAUGUGUUAUAUACCAAAAUGAUCGCAAUUUAGUGUAAAUUACAACGAAAAAAAAGUAACUUGUUACCUUUAACCGUUUUGCGCACAGUGCGAUUUGAAUACAAUUAUAUAUGAAAUUUUGUUUUUGCGCUAUCAUAUAUCGCAUUAUUUAUAUAUGAUAACGAUAAUUUUUUUCAUUUCUGAUGGUUGCAUACUAAACUUCAGGCAAUGACAAAAAAAGGAGCCAAAAAUGAACUCUUAAUCUUCAAAACUAAGCACGCUGUGAUUUUUUGAAAAAAAUAUUUUUUCCGCUUCCGUGCUCACUCCG